AUGCCAAGAAUCGCUAUCAUCAUUUACACACUAUAUGGUCACGUUGCUGCCACAGCCGAGGCUGAAAAGAAAGGCAUUGAAGCUGCCGGUGGAUCCGCAGACAUUUACCAGGUCGAAGAAACUUUAUCUCCAGAGGUCGUCAAGGCCCUUGGCGGUGCUCCAAAGCCAGACUACCCAAUUGCCACCCAGGACACCCUGACGGAGUAUGAUGCCUUCCUGUUCGGUAUCCCAACAAGGUUUGGUAAUUUCCCCGCUCAAUGGAAGGCUUUCUGGGACCGCACCGGAGGGUUAUGGGCCAAGGGUGCUUUACAUGGUAAAGUUGCUGGUUGUUUCGUCUCCACUGGGACUGGUGGUGGUAAUGAAGCUACUAUUAUGAAUUCUCUAUCUACCUUGGCUCAUCAUGGUAUCAUCUUUGUUCCAUUGGGUUACAAGAACGUUUUUGCGGAAUUGACUAAUAUGGACGAAGUACACGGUGGUUCUCCAUGGGGUGCAGGUACUAUCGCUGGCAGUGACGGUUCAAGAUCUCCUUCCGCCUUGGAAUUGCAAGUACACGAAAUUCAAGGUAAAACUUUCUACGAAACCGUUGCAAAAUUCUGA